CAGAACCAGAACCGGAACCACACCCGCCGCGCCCUCACCGCGGGCUGCGCCUGUGAGUUCCUCGGGGGCCUCCGCGUCCCCCCGAACGGCACCGCCUGCGCCCAGAUGCUGCGGGGCUGUGGCGGCGGCGGGGCCGUGGCCCUGGCCGUGGGGCUCUCGCUGCUGCUGCUGGCGCUCGCCGGCGGCGUCGGGUGCGUCUGGCGCUGGAAGCACCGGGGCCGCGCGCCCCUCGCCCUCCCGGGGUUCCUGCGGCCGCGGCGCCGGCGGGGGGACUAUUCCCAGACGCUCUCCGCAGGCCCCUCCGGCCUCGGCGCCAAGGCCGCGGCCCCCGACCCCCGAGCUGGGGCGGCGGACCCCCAGGACCCGCAGGGCCACUACGAGAACCUGCCCGCCCGGGGCCCCGGCGCCGCGCACGCCCGCGGGCUGUACGAGAGCGCGGAGGGCGGCGCCUGCGAGGAGCACGUCUACGGGAACCAGCCCGCGGGCGACUAUUACAACCUCCACGCGCCCGGGGCCCCCGCGGCGUCGCCGGACGAGGACAUCUACAUCCUCCCGGACGCGUACUGAGCGGAGGGCGGCGCCGCCGUCACUCGGAUGCCGGGCCCGAGUCUUCACGGGCGCCCCUGGGAGGAGUCUCAGCU